GGCUGUUUUCUUUUUGUAGAUUUCGAUGAAGAGAUGCCAAAGAUGGAGAUCGACGUGUCGGUGACCGAGCGCCUGGAAGCCGUGGACGAGAUGCCUCCCGGUGGGACCCCCACCCUCGAGUCGGCCGUGCCCUCUGUCCCCGGCCGUCCCCACCGCUGCCUCACCUGCCCCAAGUCCUUCCGCUACCCCUCGCAGCUGCUGCUGCACCAGCGCCGGCACCAGCGCGAGAAGGUGCUGGGCUGUCCCGAGUGCUGCGAGCGCUUCGCCUCGCGGCUGGAUCUCUCCCGUCACCGGCGCCUGCGGCACGAGGCGCAGGGCGGUCCCUGGCGCUGCGCCGAGUGCGGCAAGGAGUUCGCCAAGGCCCGCUCGCUCUCCGACCACCGGCGGCUGCACACGGCCGAACGGCAGUAUCGCUGCCAGCUGUGCGGCAAGUCCUUCCUCUACCCCUCGCAGCUGGCCAAGCACCGGCACGCCCACACCGGCGAGCGGCCCUGUAAGUGCCCCGUCUGCGGCAAGGGCUUCUCCGUCGCCUCGGUGCUCCAGCGGCACCAGCUGAUCCACACCGGCGAGCGGCCCUACCCCUGCCCGGACUGCGGCAAGGCCUUCAGCCAGUCCUCGCACCUCAAGACGCACCGGCGGCUGCACACCGGCGAGCGGCCCUACCCCUGCGGCCUGUGCGGCAAGGCCUUCCGGGCGGCCUCUACCCUGGCCAAGCACCUGCUGGCCCACUCGCGGCCCGGCCCCCACCGCUGCGGUCAGUGCGGCAAGGAGUUCGCCCGGCCGGACUCGCUGAGGGCCCACGAGCGGGCCCACGCCCCCCCCGGGCGCCCUCUGCAGUGCCGGCUGUGCGAGCGCAGCUUCCCCUACCCGUCGCUGCUGCGGGUCCACGAGCGAUCCCACGGAGGGGGCCAGCCCCGGGCCUACCAGUGCGGCUUCUGCCCCCGGGCCUUCCCCUACCCCUCCCAGCUGGCCAUGCACCAGCGCACCCACACGGGCGAGAGGCCCUUCCGCUGCGCCCUGUGCGGCAAGGGCUUCACCGUCCCCUCCAAGCUGCGCUCGCACCAGCACGUCCACACCGGCGACAAGCCCUUCAAGUGCACGGCCUGCGGCAAGGGCUUCACCCAGUCCUCGGCGCUGCUGCGGCACCAGCACACCCACACCGGCGAGCGGCUCUACCGCUGCGGCCAGUGCGGCCGCUCCUUCGGCCAGUCCUCCCACCUCAAGGCCCACCAGCGCACGCACGGUGGCGCCGAGGAGGACCAGCAGGCCGGCCGCCAACCCCCCCGGCACCCGUCCGAGGGCGGCCCCUUCAUCUGCACGGCCUGCGGCCGGGGCUUCAGCCGCUUCCGCUCGGUGGCGGCCCACCGCUGCCGGGAAGGGCCGCCCCCGGCCCUGCACCAGUGCGGCUUCUGCCCGCGCUCCUUCCGCUACCCCUCCCAGCUGACCCUGCACCGCCGGGUGCACACGGGCGAGCGGCCCUUCGCCUGCGGCCUGUGCGGCAAGGCCUUCGCCGUCCCCUCCAAGCUGCGGGCCCACCAGCUGACCCACACCGGCGAGCGGCCCUUCCGCUGCGCGGCCUGCGGCAAGGGCUUCACCCAGUCCUCGGCGCUGCUGCGGCACCAGCACACACACACCGGCGAGGGCCGGGCCUACCGCUGCUCGGCCUGCGGCCGCUCCUUCCGCUGGCCGGCCCACCUGCGGGCCCACCAGCAGCAGGCGCCGGCGGGCGGGCCCUGCUCCCGGGCCCAAGCCCCCGAGGAGCGGCCCUGCCCCUGCCCGCACUGCCCCAAGCGCUUCCGCUACCCCUCCCAGCUGGCCCUGCACCGCUCGGUCCACACCGGCGAGCGGCCCUUCCCCUGCGGCCUGUGCGGCCGGGCCUUCGCCUCCGCCUCCAAGCUGAGGGCCCACCAGCAGCUGCAGCACCGAGGGGGCGAGCAGGCUCCGGGCCUGGGCAGGCCCCGGAAGCCCGGCCGGGCCCAGCCGGAGCAGGCCGGCGCCGCCGCCGCGCCCCCUCCCGCCCCCCGCUCCCACCAGUGCCCCUUCUGCCCCAAGGCCUUCCUCUACCCUUCGCGCCUGGCCCUCCACCAGCGCAUCCACACCGGCGAGCGGCCCUUCCAGUGCGGCCUGUGCCGCAAGGGCUUCGCCGUCUCCUCGGCCCUGCUCCGGCACCGCCUCAUCCACGCCGGCGAGCGGCCCUACGAGUGCGCCGAGUGCGGCAAGGCCUUCACCCAGUCCUCCCACCUCAAGACCCACCGGCGCCUGCACUCCGCCCCCCGGCCGCCCCCUCCCUUCCAGUGCGGCCUGUGCGGCCGGGCCUUCAGGGCCCAGAGCGGCCUGGACAAGCACCGGGCCUGCUGCCGCCGGCCGGGGGAGGGGGAGGGGGAGGGGGAGGGGGAGGGCCGGGGGCAAGGCCGCCGGAGGAGGAGGAGGCUGCAGCCCGGCGAGAAGCCCCACCGCUGCCCCGAGUGCCCCCGAGCCUUCCGCUACCCGUCGCAGCUGAAGGCCCACGGCCGGGCCCACGCCGGCGGCGCCGGGGAAGCCGCCUCCCUCCGCCGCCGGCAGGGGCCCCCCCCACCUCCCCGCCACCAGUGCCCCCUCUGCCACAAGCUCUUCCGCUACCCCUCCCAGGCCGCCAAGCACCGGCUGGCCCACACCGGCGAGCGGCCCUGCGUCUGCGGCCUGUGCGGCAAGGCCUUCGCCGUCUCCUCGGCCCUGCGCCGGCACCGGCUCACCCACACCGGCGAGAGGCCCUACCGCUGCGCCGAGUGCGGCCGGGCCUUCACCCAGUCCUCCCACCUCAAGACCCACCGGCACCGGGUCCACCAGCACCGCCACCACCACCCACAGGCCCCGGCCCAGCCCCAGCUCAAGGCCGAGCCCCAGCCCGAGCUGCAGCCCAAGAGCGAGCCGGGCCUCCCCGGCGGCGACGGGUACCCCCCGGCCCGGCUCCCCGCCCUCCCCGGCCCGGGGCAGCUCUCCGCCCCCCACCCUCCGCUCACCGCCCUCUGCACCGAGCAGAAGCCCCUCCGCCUCCCAGAGGUCCCCUCCCUCUACCCCGUCACCCACUGA